GACAAGAUUCUUGUGACAAUUUAAUUUUGUUUUCCAUUUUUUGUUGGGUCAUUUGGUUUUGUUAAUUUUUUGUUCAUCACCUUAAUUGCUUCUUGUUAAUAGUCUUAAUUGUGUUGGUUACUCGGUGAAACCAUUUGCUAAGAGAAAGAGAAGAGAAAAAGAUAAAAGAAGAUCAAAUAUUCUCUCCUUCUCGAAAACGGAAAAUAAAGAAAAGUGAAUAAAAACAUUCUAGUUUUGUGUGUUGAGUGAGAGAGGAAGAAAGAAAGAUAGAGAGAGAGAGAGAGGAAAAGUGGAAGAAAGGUUUUAAUUAUGGCUACUAUAACCACUUCUACUUCAGGUAAAGGUGAUUGGAAUGAUCUAAUUAAAAGUGUUCGAAGUGCUUUACAUGAUAAAAGACAUUUUAUCGUUAAUGAUACAACUGAACGUAAUCAGGUUCAAAAAUGUUUGGAUAUAAUUCAAAAGUCGAUCAAAAUUACUUCUCUUCAAUCAAUGAUGGAAAGAUUGGAAGCGAUAACCCGUCAACUUGGUUUGAAGUAUACAGAAGGUCCAAGUGGUAAAGAGCUUUUCAUUUCAUCUGAUAUGUUCUAUGUUGAGAUACAAUUUAAUCCUGAUAAUGGUCGUGUUAAAGAAGUAAAAAUAUCUCAUCAAUCUGAUCCUGUUUCCUGCCCUGAGAUUACCGAUGUCCUUAAUAAUUCAGAUUUCACUGAAUUUACUAAACAUCUUGAUGGUUUAUCAGCUAUUUAUCAAUUAAAUGCAGAUAAGAAACAAAAAACAAAAGCUUAUCUUGCUUUACAUGCUCUUGAAACUGACCUCAGUAUGUUAGCACAAUUACAAAGCUCUAUUAAUGAUCCUAAUAAUUUGGUCCAUAAAUCGCCUGUUGGUAUCUUAGAGCCUCGAAAAGGUGGUCAUCCUAUGAAACUUACCUUUUUCAUCUCGCCUUAUGAUCUUCUUGACCUUAAAACCAAGUCUUCAGUUCCACUCACGGUUGAUGUCGUUAUUAAAAGAAAGUUGGGUUACUCAGCAUCUGUUUGCAUUGAAAGCUCAACAUCUCAUAAACUGCAAACUGUUUCCCUGAUCAGUGUUACCAAAACAGCCGAAGGCAAAAGUUUACCUCAAUUUGCUGCCUUAAGUAAUCUUAAUUCCUCAACAUUGCCAGCCUGUUUUGUCCUUCGAUUACCUAAACAAUUACCAAUGUCGCUUGAGACUCUUCGUAAAAUUCAAGCAAUUACUGGAAUAGAAACUGCUACUACUGAAAUUGUUUCCAGAAGUGUUCCUCUGGUUGAACUAAUUGCUAAUAGUUUAUUUUCUUCCAGUGAAAUGAGAGAUCUCUCGUCUUAUCAUGGGCCUUAUUUUGUUCAAUUGCCUGACCAAUGUCAUAGUUAUUACAUGAACUAUACUCUUGGAGACCUUAAAGGUGUUGAAGUUUCUUCAAUUCCCUUCACUCAUCCAACUUCUGUACCUCAGAUUCUCAUUAUUCUCCGUCAACAGGUUCUGUUUAAUGCUGUCAUUUGCAGUUGUAUUCGACGUGUUAGACAACCAUCACUUAUGGAUUCACUUAUGUUUGAAGUAACUGCUCUUUCAAUGUCUAUUGUCAAUGUUUCUUUUGAACAUCCCACCGAGGAAUCUUUAGCCACCAUAGAAUUUGAUCUUAGAGAUAUCACUAAUGUAAAAUGUAAACUUUACGAUUCAAAUAGUUUCUCUUCAUUAUGUUCAGAUGAAUAUGCAUCUAAAAUUAUGCAAAAAUGUUUCUCCAUUCCUGUUACUUUGAGAGCGAUCAUCAUAAAAUGUCAAGAGAAAGCAGCAGUUCUUAGAGAACAGCAACAAAAACAACAAGCUCGAUUGACACAACAAAGAAAUCCCAAAGAUCUAUUUUUCAAUAACUUAUCCACCAAUGGUGAUGGAACUGACCAUGAUGAUUUACCACCUUAUUUAUCUCAACAAUUAUUGAGCUCCAACCAAUUUAAAGAAUUGAAUGUCUCCCUUGAAAAUGGAACUUUCCAGCCAACACAACCACAACUACCACCACAACCUCAACAACCUCAUCAUCAACAGCAACAACAGAAUCAGGGGCUUCAACAACAACAACAGCAUCAAAUGCAGCAACAGACUCAACAAUCACAACAACAGUUGCAACUUCAGCAUUUACAGACUCAACAACAAAUCCAACAGCAACCUCAACAAUCUCAACAAUCUCAGCAACAACAUCAACAACAGUUACAAUUUCAGCAGCCCCAAAUUCAACAAAAUCAACAAUUUCGCCCAAAUCAACAGCAGCAACAAAUGCAACAUCAAGGUUUACAGCAGCAGCAACAUCUUCAGAUUCAGAUGCAACAACAGCAACAGCACCAGCAUAGGCAACAGCAGCAUCAGCAGCAGCAACAACAGUACAUGCAACAGCAACAGCAACAAAUCCAGCAUCAACAUCACCCACAACAAAUGCAGCAACAGUUUCAACAACCACAACAAAAUCAACAAAAUCAACAACAGUUCAUGAAUAAUGUUCAAAAUAAUAAUAUGUAUAAUGCUAAUACUUUCAACAAUCAAGGAUUACAACAAGGCCCGACGAGGCCUAUGAAUUUACCUUUGGGAUCAAAUCAAAAUGGACCUUACAUGAAUUACCAAAAUCAACAAGGACAACAACCUGUCCAACAGCAACAACUAACUGGACAAAUGCAGCAACAACUUCAUCCACAACAAAUGAAUCCCCAAAUGAACCCGCAGAUGAAUCCCCAGAUGAAUCCUCAGAUGAAUCCUCAGAUGAAUUCACAGAUAAAUUCACAAAUGAAUCAACAAAUGAACCAACCCAUUAAUCAACAAAUGAAUCCUCAAAUGAAUCAACAAAUGAAUCAACAAAUGAAUCCACAAAUGAAUCAAAUUCCUUAUCAGCAACAAUUGCAGAACCAGAGUAAUAGACCCACAAACAAUUUACAAGGGCCAAUACAAGGAAAAGGGCAACAAUUUCAUCAACAACAACAAAUGAGAGGAAUGAACCCAAACCAACAAAGAAACUUAAUGCAAUCUCAACAGAAACCGAAUGCAAUGUUAUUGAACAUGUUAAGUGAUGUACCAGCAGCUAAUUCGCGUAAAGAAACAUUUAAUAUGUACAAUCAGUCACAGCAAAACUGUCAACAAGGACCACAAGUUGUUGGUCAACAAGUAGUUGGAGGCAGUAAUGUUGCAGGAGUUUUACCCCAAAUGAAUCAACAGCAACAACAACCUGGUGUUAAACCAAAACAGCAACGUAAAAGAAAAGGUACUGGCGAUGUAAAAAGUCCGGGAAGUGCAACAGGUCGUAGUCCUAAGCGUAAAGCGAGUGAGGAAGAUUUUAUGAGAGAUAUAACUACCCCAGUAAAUGAUUUCAUGGAAAAUUUUGGGGAUCCCCAGAUGAUUAACUGUCCGACACAACGUCCAUCUUCUUCUGAUCCUCUGGGUGGUGGAGGAGGAGGAGGUGGUAAUCCAAAUGCUUCAGGUUACGAUGUAAAUUUUUCCAAUGCUCCCCGAUCGCUUGAGUCUAUGCUAGCGGGACCUAAAACAGAACCUGGUACACCGAACAGUAACUUUAAUGGUUCACAAAAUUUAAACUUGAGUGACUUUACUGCUGAUUUCAGCAACAAUUUUCAGUACCCAAACUCCUCGAUGUCCUUUCCAGGGGCCAAUACCGGACAAAGCCCAGGUCCAGGUCCAGGUCCAGGCCCAGGCCCGGGCCCUGGCCCUGGGCCCGGUCCGGGACCCGGACCAGGACCGGGCUCAGGAUCUAAUUUAUCAGCUGACUUGAAUGAUUUUUCUAACUUUGAUUACACCGACUUUGCUAAUCCAAUGUCUCUACCUCCAAUGAAGCCUAACAACAAACGUGGACCUAAAAGAAACCGAAGCGCUGAAAAUUGCAAUGAAAAUAGUAACUCUUUAUCUGGUCUAAGUGAAGAUGGGAGUAAUGAGCAACAAGCGUUGAUCAAAUCACUUCAGGAAAUUCAUAACAUGAAUUUACCUGAUGGACAACCUACUGGACCAAACAAUUCAAAUAAACAAUUUACUGUCCCAAUGAACAAAAGAGGUCCAAAAGGUAACGGUGGUGGUGGAGUAGGAGGAGGAACCAAUGGAACCGCUGGUGAUGGACGUCGGUGCUCUUCUGCUGGUGUUGAUGGUCCAGGAAUGACAGGUAAACGAGGAAACUUUGGUGGUGGAUCAAUCGAAGAGGAAAUCGCCAUAAAGAAAGAGCGAAAACGGAAGCGAGCUGAAAGUGUUGACAGCAUAAGUAAAGCCGUCGUAGUUUCCUCAACUGCGGCAGUGGCUGGUGUCCUCAUGCCUCCGCCAAUGAUCAUGACUUCUGGUGAAGUUGCAGCCACUGGUGGAGGAGGAGGCGGUGCAUACAGUUUUAUGGACGUUGUCACAAACGGUGGCACAAAUCAAUCUCUGCCUCCGUUGACACUUAAUGUUAAACCAAACUUAACCGGUGUAAAUUCAACCAAUGGCCCAUCGAUAAAGGUUAAAAAGGCUGGAACUCUUGGUGCAAAUAUUAAUAAGACUAAGAUUGGUGAAAGAUUGUUGAAUAAAAUUAAUAAAGGAGCGUCUCCCAAAUUAAGUGACCUAGAAAACAAUGGAUCAGCAACAUCCUACUCACCUAAAUCAUCACCUAAAGUUGGUUCAUCUAAAGCAGGCAGAAUAGUCAAAGGAGGAGCAGAUUCAUCUGGUAGACUUAAACCAGGCUUGAAGUACCGAUCCCCACAAAACGCAUCAGCACCAAAUUCAGGUAUAACCAUCUCCAAAAGUGCUUCUAACUCAUCAGCAAGUCCCCCAGUCUCAUCUUCAUCUUCAUGUUUAUCAUCCUCAGCACCGACAUCAUCCGGAGGUGUAUCCGCUAAAUCUCAAUCAAAUGCUAAGUCACUAAUCGCUCAAAAACGUCGACAAGGUUCAUUAAGUGCUGUUAUCGAUAAAUUGAGAAGUACCAAUAGUGUUCCCGGUGAAGGUGGUCAAGGAUCACUUUCAGCUGAUGGUACACCAAUUAAAUUGGAAAACUGUCCUAAUCGACCAGAUUCAAGCAGUGGAAACGUCGGAGGACCUGGUCGCUUGAAUGCAAAUGCAGUCUCAUCAAGUUCAAUUAACAAAAUAGCUGAGAGUAAAGUUAAGUACAGUCGUAGUUCUGAUCAAUUCACAAUGAAGCCGAUUUCCGGAAACACAUUAAAAUUUACAGUUACCAAAACCAAACCUUCAUCAACGAUGCCUGAAUUCAAAUCAAAGAAACACAUUUUGCCUGGUUCAUCAAGUAUCAAAGGAUCCGCCACAUCGACAACUAAUUCAUUAAAAUCAACGAAAGGAGUAACACCCGGUUUAAAGCGACAAUUGGGUGGACCAAACAAAUCAGGCACCAAUUUUAAAGGUUCAACUCUGGUAUCUAGUUCAUCGGGUUCACUUAACUCACCCAAACCAGGAACAUCUAACUCAUCACCUAAAGCAUCUUCCCUCUAUAAUCGUUCAGUUGCUGGUAAAGUUUCAUCUUCCAAUUCAGCUAACAAAGCUAAAGUUCAAUCCACAGAGGCCAUGAUUGACGCUGCCAUACCACGAAUGAACAUUGCACAGUUACCCAAAAUCCCGAGAAUUGCAAAUAGUCAGCAACAAGUGAACAAUAAUAAAAAUGAUAAUAAUAAUAGCUCUGGAAAUGUGAAUAAUACCAAUACCAAUAACAACAAUAAUACUAAUAAUAGUAACACUUCCAAUAAUUCAAAUAGUUAUUCAAAUUCCAAUAAUGGUAAUAACAAUAACUCUGCAACCGGCGGUUUUGCUAAUAAUCCCAAUAAUAAUUUCAAUUCAAAAGAUUCAACAUCUUCAGGAGUUGGUUCAAGUAGUAACACUAACAACGUAUCAGGUAACUCCAAUGCCAAUCCAAUGUCUAGUAAUAAUAUACCAAUGACCGGACCUAGUGGACAUGGGCCUUCAUCAAAUCAAUCUGUGCCGCCCUCGUCUUCAUCAAACUUCAACUCUGGUGCUGGUAACCAACCGCCACAACAUUCUCAAUAUCACCCACAAUAUCAACAGCACCAACAUCAACACCAACAUUAUCAACAACAUCACCAGCAGCAGCAGCAGCAACAACAACAACAACAACAGCACUCACAGCAUCCCCAUCCCCAUCCUCAUGCUCAUCAACAUUCACAUCAAAAUCAAAAUCAACAUCAACAUCAACAACACGCACACCAACAACAUCCCCAUCAACAUCCCUAUCAACACCAACACCAGCAGCACCAACAGCAACAACAACAACAACAACAACAACCAACUUCUGCUUCGAUGGGUUUCCCUAAAAAAUCAUUCUAUGGAACUCGAGAUUCUCUUGCUAGUUCAUCUUUAUCAUCAACCAGUGACAAACUCGAUCAUUCGACAAAAUUUCAAUCAUGUACAAUCUCAUCAAGUCUCUCAUCAGCAUCUUCCCUGUCAACAACCACCAGUGCAUCUUCAUCAUCAGUCCAACCAACCCAUUCAAAUAAUGGUCUUAUCAACAGCAACAGUAAUCCAAUCAAUCAACAACAGUCACUUUCAACAUCUAAUCCAUCCAUUGCAAGUUCCAAUUUCCCUACAAACUUUGUAUCUGCAAGCAAUUCAAUUGCUUCCAAAAGUUCAGGUGUAACAAGUAGUUUCGUUGAUAACGAAGCAAAAGUCACUGGAUCAAGUGAGAUUGUUUCAAAUAAUCGCGAUCGAUUAAGUGGAGUGAGUAGCUCCAGUGAUUCCAAGUUAACCACUACCAGUACACCAAGUUCACCAGCGGAGAGCUCAAUGUUCACCGAUGCUCUACAAAAUCCACCACUUCUAAUCCCAACUGAAUCAAUAGAAGAGGUUGAACGAGAACCUUCAAACUCCCCGAAAGAAACAAUCGCCUCUACAACAACAGCAAAUUCAAGAGUUUCAACACCUAAUGAAAGCUAUAGUACAUCAACAGUUACCACCACUGUUCCAACAGCAACUUCAUCCUCCACAUCAUCUUUACCAAAUGUGUCAACUGUCAGUAACUCACAAGCACCCGUUACCAGUGAACCUCAAAGCUCCUCAAUAAGCUUAAUUGAUGAUGAUUACGAUGACGACGAAGACGAGGAAGGGUUAAUCAUAGAUUUUGCAGGAACUGCAACAGCUCCAUCAUCGAAGAAAGAUGAGAAAGGUGUAUCAUCCUCUACAUCCAGUAAUCCAAGUUCUAUCGUUGGCUCAGCCACCAAUUCAGCAACAGUUACACCAAGCACCUUAACCAGUGAGACAAUUCAAGAUAAAUCAACAACUAACAACGUCUUGUCUUCAUCCAACAAAGCUCCCACAUCUCCCUUAUCUUCAUCAUCUCCACAAACUCAGGGACAACAACAACAACAACAACAACAGUCAACACCUCCACCACCCCCACCCCCACCUACACAAAUAUCCAACAUAAAUGAUAAUCCAAUUGUUGAAACGGCAACUGUAACCGGAAACAGUUCAAGAAAUAGUCCAAAUUUACCUGGAUCCUCUUCAAACGAUCCCUCUGACUCGGCUAACAGUAAUAGUGUCACCAGCUGCAAUACUGAAGACAAUAACAAUCCAACCUCAGGCACCACUUCAAACACCACCACAACCACUGCCUCCACCGCCAAUACCACUACAAAUACCUCUGGAAAUAAUCUGAAUAGUAUCUGUAAUCCGCCGCCAUCUAAUUCAUCUAGUAAUCUAAUCUCAGAGUCACCAUCUAAUCAAUCGAUAUCCAGUCUCGCCUCUCGACGAUCACCUUAUUUGAUUGAUGAUGAUUUGAUGGACGAAGCACUUGUUGGCUCAGCAGAAUAAUUAAAAUGACUUAAACCAUUGGCGCCAAUCCUCAUCCAAGCAAUUAUCUUCUUUAUCAUCUUCGUCCCUGAUUAUCUUUUCUCUUCAUUUCUUUCCUCUGUUUAUCCCUCUUUCAACAUUUAGAUUGUUCUGUUAAUAAUAUCAUAUAGCCUGACAAUGGUUAUAUCAUCAUCAUCAUCAUUCUCAUCAUUAUUAUUAUCAUCAUGAGGAAAUUAACAAAAGGUACACUUAUAAUUAUUAUUAUCCAAAAAAAACUACAAUUAUAAAUAUAUAAAUAUACACAACGAUUAAUAAAACCAAUCAAUAAGCUUUGAUUGGUGAUAAUCAUAAAACAAAACAUGAUUUAAUUUCCAGUAUUUACAACAACAAUUAACAACAAAUGACAAACGAUUAAAAAAAAACAAAUCAACCCUAAUCAUCGGUAAACAACAACAUUAUCAUCACCAUUAUCUACGUCAUCCUCAUCAUCCUCAUCAUCACCCUAAUUAUCAUUAAAUCAAAUAAUUAAAUCAUUUAUCAUACGAGAAUAACAAACAAACAUAAUUAAUAUAAUAACAAUUAAAAACAUCAAAUAAAA